CGGCAGUGGAGGAAGCAAGGCAGUCCACGCUGUCAUACUGUGCUGCUGGAGAAGCACCCAGCAAUGGCCGAGAGCUCAGCUGCGGCAGUGGCAGUGACAACAGCACCAGCUGUGCUAGAUGAGCUCCUGGAGAUCACAGCCCAGAGCCUGGUGCGCAUGGAGGUGGCCGAGCACUACGAGGUCAUUCGGGAGCUGGGCAGGGGCAAGUACGGCCACGUGGUGCUAGUGACUCACAGGCAGCGAGGGACUCCCAUGGCUCUGAAGCUACUACCCAAAGCCAGUACCAAGCUGCACACUUUUCUGUAUGAGUACUGUGUGGCACUCUCCCUUGCCACCCAUCCUGCCAUCAUUGGGAUGUUUGGAAUUGCAAUUGAGUCCAGCCAGUACUAUGGUUUCCUCUAUGAAGCUGCGCUGCACAAAGACCUCAUCUCUAUCAUCAAACCACGGGAUGGGAUCCCUGAACCAGCUGCUAAGCACUGUGCUAAGCAGCUUGCGAGUGCACUGGAAUUCAUCCACAGCCGGGGACUUGUGUACCGUGAUGUCAAGCCUGAGAACGUGCUGCUUUUUGACCCUGAAUGUCGGUGUAUCAAGUUGACUGACUUUGGGCUCACACGGCCUAAGGGUACCAAGCUCAAACUGGUAGCUGGCGUAAUUCCCUACACUGCCCCAGAGCUGAGCAACACCACCGAUACACAGGGGCUGCCCAUUGACACCAGCUUGGAUGCCUGGGCCUUUGGUGUACUUCUUUUCUGCCUACUGACUGGCUACUUCCCCUGGGAGCAGAGUCUGCCAGAAGACCCUUUCUUUGAGGACUUCAUGCUGUGGCAGGAAACAGGCUUAGAGGCGGACCUGCCUCGCCAUUGGAAACGCCUGACGGCCGAGGCUGCCCUCAUGCUGCGAAGCCUGCUGGCCCUAGAUCCUGCCAAGCGUGGCCCUGUCAGCGGGGUUUUGCGCUAUGUUGAUUGCCCCUGGCGGCUGGAGGAGGCUGCUGUGAAGCCUUAGAGCAUGCCCUCUGUGGGAAGAAGGAAGGCUGAUGCCACUUUGUGAGGGUCUUACAGGCCUGGGGCAUUGCAACAUGCCUCCAGCAGGCUGGGGGCAAGAGGCCGUCAUGAAUAAUAACCCAGACAGCAGCUCCUCCACAGCACUGCUCCCCUGCCACCAGGGACCCAGGUUGCCUCCCCAGCUGAUGAUUCUUACCCCAUGCUUACUGCAAUCCAAUGCCAUCUCCUUGUGCUUCCUCAGGGCUUGAAAAUAUCUGCUGCUUCUUGGCAAUGACCUUCACCUCGUUCCAUGUGUGAAACACCCACCCGCUUCCUGGCCACAGGAACUCCAGGGCAGUUUCUAGGCUCUGCAGCACCUGCCUUGUCCUAGAAAUAGAGCACAACAUUUACAUUUGUGUUCUUUAUGUGGCUCUUUUUCUCUCAUAAUAAAAUGCCUGUGCAGGGCCUGCUUGUUGUGGGAGAACAGGGGCAUGGCAAAGCCUGUGGCCAUUUCAGAAAACUCUUCUCAAGGCAGGGGCUGCCCCUGAAUUCUCCCUGGGCCUCAACCAGGGCCCUUUACGGAUGGAUUCAGGUAAGUGGGCUAGAGGUGCUGGGUAGACCCCAGGAUGUUGCUGCAGAAGGUCGACAGCGACUGAUGAUGCUGGCAGGCUGAUGGUCCUAAGAAGGUGGUAGUAUUCUAGUGGGUUUCUGCGUGGAUCAGUAGAAUAGAAACUGGUCAACAUUUCCAUCAGUGAUUUGAAGGUAGAUACAAAAUCACUGCAGUUCAAAACCUUUAGAUGAACACGAACAUGAAUAGAGUUGUAAAUAGCAAUGGGAGCAGGCCAUUCAAACAGAAGAGAUGUGGAUAACUUGGUAAGUUGGGUAUAUUCAAACAAAAUAAAUUUUCUUACAGGCAGUAGAAAGGUAUUUAGGCAGGAACAUAUAAGAAUAAAAGUCAUUCUUAUAGAAGCACUCUUGAGGAGCUUUGCAAGACGUAGAGGAUAUAUAAGAUCAUUUGAAUUCUCCUUCUGAUAGUCAAAAAAGGCUGAUGGAUCCCUUGCAAGGCUAAACAGGGGCAGACACACAAGGUAGUGAGAUAUCUGGCAAAGAUAGCUAACAAGAUUCCUGAUGGCCUAAAUACGAGUGCAGGAAGAAGGACUGAAUGAUCUGAGUUUGAUGCCUUCCAGGGGAAUCCUGAGAAUGGUCCCAUGUUUAAAGACAUGCUGGAAAACUGGAGAAAAAGAACAAUAGGGGGGCUAUAAAGAAGGCCUUCUUAAAGAAAGUAAUGAACUGAAUUAUCCAAAUCAGGAAGACUGAAAAGUGAUUUGGUUAUGGUAUAGAAUAUGGUGAAGAAAAUAUCUGGUAUUAAUAAACUAUUUUACUUUGAGAAAGAACA